UUUUUUUUUCAUUAUAACUUUGGGGAUAGAGAUUCAUUCAUAUAUUGUAAAUGAUCUCAAAUCUCAAUUCCCAAAUUGAAAAAUAAAAAAAAUAAAAAAUUAACAAAAUGUCAAGUUUUGGAACCCAAACAAAAUGCAAGGCAUGUGAUAAAGCUGUGUAUGCUGCAGAGGUGAUUUCUGCAGGUGGUGUUAAUUAUCAUAAUACUUGUUUCAGAUGUAGCCAUUGCAAUGGAAGACUUGCUUUGAGCAACUACUCUAGCCUCGAUGGAACUUUAUUUUGCAAGCCACAUUUUGAACAACUCCUCAAGGAGAAAGGAAGUGGAGCCUUGAAGUCUUCGUCACUCGGGAGGAACAAUGAUCUGAACAGAUGCCCGAGCAAGCUAUCCUCUCUAUUUUCGGGCACUCAAGAAAAAUGUGCAGCAUGCAAGAAAACUGUGUACCCAUUGGAAAAGGUGACAGUAGAUGGAGAAUUUUACCAUCAGUCUUGCUUCAGAUGUGCUCAUGGUGGAUGCAAACUUACAACUUCAUCAUAUGCAGCAUUAGAUGGACUUCUCUAUUGCAAGCCUCAUUUCUCUCAAUUGUUCAAAGAAAAAGGUUCCUAUAAUCAUCUCACAACAACUACAAAUAAAAAAAAUAGUGGAUCAACUGAUGAACAAGAUGUUUCAACUACUACUGUUGAUGAGCCACAGCCUGCUGAAGAGACUCAAGAAACUCAAGAUUAGUCAUAAUGCAAUAGUUAAUUGAUUUAAUUAUUGUUAAUGAGACUAAUCAAUCAUCUUGAUGAGAGACAUGUUAAUUGGUUUUCUUAAUUAUUUGUUUCAUUCAUUUGAAAAUUUUGUAAAGCCUAUUGAGGCACCAUAUGUUUGUAAUGCUUUUCUCCACAAUUUUGUUUUAAUAAGAAACACAUUGUUGUCUU